AUGACAAGAGGCAUUAAGAAUGUAUCCGGGGUCUCCUGUCACAUCUCUUGCGCCCUUCAGAUCCUGCUGCACUCGUUGAUUCCAAUCUGCGACGCUCUUACCAAGAAGGAAAAUGGUCCACAUCCAUCCAGACCUUUGCAUCAGAUGUCCGAGUUUGCCAAGGAACUAAGAGAUGAUUCACCGCCGGAUGAUGAGAACCCUUUGUCUCCAGUUGAUCCAUCGCCAUUGUACAAGAUGCUAAAAGAUUUUCGGUCCUCCACCGCCAAGUCUACCUUGUCGCUGGAGCCAGAAGAUGUGGGAGAUGCGUCCACUGCCAUUUUGAUGUUGCUGAAGCUACUGAGACAGCAAUCCAAAGAUUGGGCGAGUUUAGUCGACCUUUGUUCCAUGGGAUCCAUGAGGUAUUCCAUCAAAGGGGAAUAUCAUAUUGCAGCCUCCGAUGGUUCAAACAAAAAGAGAAUACGAAUAAAACCUGGAAAGAUCAAGCAAAUGCCGUUUCCUUUCCCAAUUUCUGGCGAGUACCAGUCGCUGGACGAAGCUCUCAAGACUGCAUUGCAACCAACGGAAGUAGUCGGGUACAAUUGGCAAUCUCAAAAGCCGGAAUCGUACGAGGAGAUCUGUUAUGAUGAAGCCGGUCAAGUGGUCGAGCUUAAAGACGACGACUGCAACUCUGAUAAUUACGAUUCUAAAACAGAAUGGAAAACGGAAAAAGCAUUGCACAUUGAAGAGCUGCCGCACUACUGUUUCUUUCACUUGGAUCGCUUUUCAUAUGACUCAAUGGGUGACAAAACUCUCUUGAAUCCUACUGUUGAAAUUCCACCAUCUCUGGAGCUUUCAGCCUUGCAAUCUAAAGCAGAAGGGUCCCUACAACUAUUGGGAGGUAUAUUGCAUGUCAGCGAGGGUGGAAAGAUUGAAGAAGAGGGACACUAUGUGACUCUUGUUAGAAUAGACGAGGAUGUUUGGGUACUAAUUGAUGACGAAACCUGUACCGAAAUACGAUCAGAUGAAACCGCCAUGGAGCGUCUGAAGGGAACAACCGAUGAUUCAGGGAACUUUGUCUGUGCCACUCUGGUUGCUUUUGGACCGCUCGAUCAGAAAGCGAACACGAAUCAUCGCGAUCGCAUGUUUCACAGGAUAGUGGGGCAAAUACAAAGUCAGACUCCCGAGGAGGUAGUUGGCAAGCGCAUACUCGUCAAGUGGGCCAAAGAAAAAUUUUAUGCUGGCAUAGUCAAAGGAUAUCAUGCUGCCACUGGAAAGCAUUCCAUACUCUACGACGAUGGCGAUGUGAAACAAUACGUUUUGAGCCAAAAAAUUGCAGAGUUUCCAUAG